AUGGGAACCCUCGACUCUUAUCGAUCCACGUUGUUUCUUGACCUGUCAACUCAGGGGCAGAUUUUUGAACUCGGAGGCGACGUAGCGAUCAUGGCUCUUUGUGUGGCAUGCUCCGGUCCGGAGUGGGUCCCGUCAAUCUAUUCUACCGGCGGACGCUUCCUGAAGUGGAAGGACAGCGCCUUCUGGUCCUGUCAUGUGAGGGAAGCCGGGAGCCGACUCAUUCACUCAUAUAAGUACGACGAUCGUUUCCUCCUUGGCCAAAGUCAUUCUUGCCCUAUUCACGUUCAAGCUAUCUCUACAGUCCUCGGGAUCAAGAUGCAGUUCACUCAACUCCUCCUCGCUAUCGUCCCGUUCAUCGGUGUGUCGCAAGCCAUUCUUUGCUCGUGCGAUCGCAGUACGACUGCAUCAAUUACUUGCUGCCCGGAUAUUCAGAAGUGGAAUGGCUAUGAAUGCGAGCCAGCUGAUCGUCAAGCCUACACCGAUUGCUGUGCGGACCAAUUUUCGACUACGACCUUCUGCAGAGACGGCAGUGUUUAA